AUGAAAAGGGAGCGUUCUCCAUCUCCAAAGCCCACAUCAGAAAUAUAUCGCUCCUCGAAAAUACAAGAGCAGACAUCCACUUUCACAGCCGCAUUCUCUCCCAAUCUCUCCGCCAAAGUUCUCCAAACACUCCCUGAAUUUCGGACUGCGACCCACAAAAUCGCAGCAUGGCGGAAACCAUCACGGCAAAAGUCCUUGAUGCCAGAAUCCCGUACUUUGUAUGAUCUAGGUCAUGAUGACGACGGUGAAAAGUGGGCUGGAGGACGGCUGAGCAAUGUACUGCGAGACACGCAGACCGAAGGUGUUGUAGUAGUUGCGCGCUGGUAUGGAGGGCAAAAUAUCGGUCCCAUACGAUUCACGCACAUUGAGAACUGCGCCAAAGAAGCCAUUUGGAAAUGGAAAGUCGCCGAAGAGGAGAUCAAGAAAGAGCAGGCUACUAAGAAACAAAGGGUCGAUGAAGAAGCUAGACGGGAAGAGCUGGUGAAGAAUCUGCAAGAGAGGGAUUACAAUAUCUUUGCGCUGCGAAAAUUGUUGAGUGAGAAGAAGGCGAAGUUGCAGAAUGAGGAGCCUGAGCCGCCGACGCCGCAGAAGUUGCAGGAUUAUGGAAAGAUGGCUAUGAAUGCGCUGACGAGGGUGGAUAAGGCAAGGGAUGCUACGAUUGCGUUUAUUUUGAAGCAAAUUGACAAGGUGGAUGAAGAGCUCAAGCUCGUGGAGGCGUUGGAGGACGGCACGCAGGGGGUGGAAGACGAGGGAAAGGCUGAAGAUGCAAAACCCUCGACACCAGAGUGA